AGUGUGCCUGCGCACUUCGUGCAGCAUAGAGUUUCGCUAUUGUCCACCGUAGAUCGGACAUAUUCAUAAUGAAAGUAUUCAUCUUCUUAUUCGUUAUUGCGCUGAGCGUCGCGAAUAUUCUCGCCGAUUGCUUGGUGAACACGACGUUGGGUCGUGUAACGGGAGGAGAAAUUAUAAUAGAAUCUGGUGAGGAAGUCAAAUUUUUCUGUGGAAUACCGUAUGCAGAACCGCCGAUUGGACCGCUGAGAUUCCAGGAUCCAAUACCGAAGAAACCAUGGAAAGGUGUGUUCGAUGCAGACAAGGAGCCUUGCCAGUGCAAGCAGAUAAUCAAUGGUGCCAUAAUUGGCAGCGAGGAUUGCUUAUACGUGAACGUUUACGUUUCCAAGCUGAAGGAGGAUUCGAAAAAAUUGCUGCCCGUCUUGGUGUACAUACCCGAUCACGGCUCGAAUUGUAGUAUGGUCAUGUCCGGGCCGCAGAAGUUGCUCCACAACAGACACAGCGUGUAUGUGUGCAUCAGCUACCGGCUGGGCGUUUUUGGUUUUCUUAGCACCGGGGAUGAGUCAGCGCCUGGAAACUUUGGCUUAAAGGAUCAAUUGUUGGCACUGAAAUGGGUGCAAGAGAAUAUCGUGUAUUUCCACGGAGACCGGAACGAUGUAACCAUAUUCGGACAAGGUAGCGGCGGUGAAUCUGUUCACCUGCAGUCCAUCUCGUACCAAACAAAGAAGGAGUUCAAACGUCUCAUCUGUCUGAGUGGAAUUGCCUUUUGUCCACGUGCAUUCACCGACGAUAAGUCUUACUACGAGAAGCCCAAACAUCUUGGGAAACGUCUCAAGUGUCCACUAAAGAACAGCAAGGAGUUGAUCGCCUGCCUUCGAAAAGUGGACGUGAACAUAUUAAUCAAAGAAUCGUUUGAAGUUUUCAAUGAAAUCGACAUAGCGACAGCCACGACAUGGAGGCCUACGAAGGAACCGAAUGGUCCUGGCGCGUUCCUUAACGAUACACCGGCGAAUAUAGUAAAGCAUCACCGGAGGCCGAUUCACCCAAUAAUAGUCUCACACGUAAAGGACGAAGGAACGUUCUUCACCAAAAAUCUGCUGAAGAAUGAAAAGUUAUACGAACUGUGUAUAACUCGUCCAGUGGAGGUGAUAGAAAUGAUUCUACGGCAGUACCCACCAUUAAACGGAAAGAAUGUCAGGGAAUUAGCUAUAAAAGCAAAGGACUACUACCUGGGUAGCGUGCUACCGAAGGAGAAGGCAAUUGUUAUCGAAAGAUACACCAACCUUAUGUCGGACUUCUGCUACAACGUCCAGAUAAUUCACUUCCUCAGACACUUGCGGAAGAUUCAUAGUGUGUAUGUCUCCCGUUACAGCUAUCGCGGAACAAUCACGGCUACGGAGAGUUUCCAAGGCUCGUUGCAUGCAACCGGCGUCGGACAAGGUUCCGACUUAUUCUCCAUAUUCCCGAUGCCACCUAGUAUCCUAGGCCCCCAGUACAGCAACUUAAAGCCGUCGAAGAAUGAUGAACUUAUCAGCGAUAUCUACAUCGAUUUGGGGGUCUCUUUCGCUUACAAUAGCACACCGGUUUCGGGCGAUCUGAAAGAUCCCCAUAUGUGGAAGCCGCAGAAUAACCAUUCAGAAGUGUAUCUCGAAAUUGGCGAUGGUAGAAGCCCCAAGGUGACUGUAGGAACAAAAUAUUCGUGCAGCGUCGACUUUUGGUUCGAUAACCUGCCGCUAUUUUCCUUGGAUUAACGAAGUAUCGUGUGCACGGCCUAUCUCUAGCGGUUCGACGAUAAGAAUCAACCGGUCGCCGGGUUUCCAAGCGUACGCGUGCGUGGAAUUUUUGACUGUUUAAAUGCAAGAAUAAAAGUUAAAAAAAAAGA